AUCUGGGUACUAGCAGAAGCGUAGAAGUCGAAAAGGUGCUUGGUGUUUGAUACAGAAAGCAGAAUCUACAGAUCUGUUCUCAACAAAACAGACGUCAACCUUCUUUUCAAAAUGUUGCCAUUAUUCCUGGUAGCAACAGCAAUUGGUUUUGCAAGUGGAGGUGCGAUCGUAUGUGAAAACAAAUGUAAAAGCAGCUUUCCACUUCAUACAUACCCGAAAAAAGAGUCGCUCUUUGCAUGCUUAAGAGGAUGCAGACUAGAAAGAAUUGAGCAGGUCUCAAGAAAUUGGAAGAAGAUUGUUGCCCCUGGAAGUAUCUGUGAAAAAGACUGCAAAACUGCAUAUGGAAGGGACAUAGAUUCAUUGAAUGCUUGCGUUAUUGGCUGUCGAUCAGCUGAACCUGUUUUUCCAACCAUGGAGACAAUGCUAAAGGAAGAGAGAGCAAAAGCAGGACUUGAUGGUGGACAUUAUUUCAUUUUAAGGCCAGUCUUGGUCGUAAGGCGCUAUUGUUCAGGAUUAUUCAAUGUUGCAGUUUCUUUUAUUGGACAGAGGAGUAACAUCUCUUCUCGUGAUUCUUAUGUGCAAUCUGUCACUAUUGAAGUUAAGGGAGAUCCAAGUUAUAUUCAUGUGGAAUCACUGACUGAUGUCUCCUAUACCAACAAAUAUGACCUAAAUGAUCAGAAGCUUGAACUCCAAAAAGCAGAUGUGGACGAUACAACGUGGCUUGGGUGUGUUUCUUAUAAAGCUGGUUUGCCAAAAUGGUUUUUAGCUGGUGCGUUGAUCAUUUCUGCAACUGCAAUGGUGUAUCUUUUUAUUUCGAUUUGUUGUGAAGCAGAUAACGAGAAGAUGCACAAGUUUGAUGGGGCAUUCGACAAAAAUAUUGGUGAUCCCUACCUUUCACCGCUUCUUGUUGAAGUGGACCAGGCCCCACCGCUGCCACCAAAGUACUCAGAGAAGGGUGGCAUUCUGUGAGCAAACUGAAGAUAAACUUAUUCUUUUUAAGUUAACCUUCAAUGUAAUUUCCACUAAAAGCAAGUGAUAAUGUCUGUAAAUGUCGUUUUUUGAGUAAAUUUUAAUAACAGUUUUUGUGAUAGCCACCAAAAUUUUAUUUAAGUAAGAAGUUAAGGCAGGGUAGGUCUUAGUAAUGGUCUAAGUUAAGGCAUGGUGUAUGACAUAUUCAUUUCUCGUAUAUCUUUUAAUGUCAGCCGUCCUCUUAUAUCGUCAAUACGCUGCCCUCGUUUUUAAGCUGCCCUCGUUUAAAAGCUGCCCUAGUUUAUAAGCUGCCCUCGUUUAAAAGCUGCCCUAGUUUAUAAGCUGCCCUCAUUUAUAGGCUGCUCUCGUUUAAAGCUGCCUUCGUUUAUAAGCUGUCCUCGUUUAAAAGCUGCCCUCGUUUAUAAGCUGCCCUCGUUUAUAGGCUGCCCUCGUUUAUAGGCUGCUCUCAUUUUUAGGCUGCUCUCGUUUAAAGGCUGCUCUCGUUUAUAGGCUGCUCUCUUUUAUAGGGUGCUCUCGUUAAAAGACUGCCCUCGUUUAUAAGCUGCCCUCGUUUAUAAGUUGCCCUCGUUUAAAGCUGCCCUCGUUUAUUAUAGGCUGCUCUCAUCAAUAAGAUGACCUCAUUUUCAAAUCUACUUUUAAUGUAAGCCGUACAAAAGUAAUUAUAAGCGGUUCACCGUUGAAAAUAAGGUCCUUUUCUGGGUUGGAUUAAGAGAUUUCUGGGAAAAAAUUAAGUGUAGUUACAGCUUUCUUGCUUUCCUUUUUCGGCUAGUGUCUUUUACUCUGCUGUGCCGCAAUAAUCCAAAAGAUGCCAUUAUCGGGGAUGAUACCAGCAGUGAUUUCCAGCAGUGAGAUUGCAAACAUAUAUUUUCUACAACAAAGGCUGUCAAUGCCGUCGUUUCCAUGCCAUAUUCAUUCCCUAACAGGUAUGCUAGGCUGGCAUUGUCAGACGCACAAGCUUGUUUGGGUGUAAAUCACUAUUUACCCUCUUCCCUGGCAUCCGGUCUUUCUUGAUACGCGUUAACCCCUUUAAUUUAUUUUUGAAUCUAAGUUCAUAUGGCUGCUAAAGGACGCAAAGUGGCCAAUACGUCAUUUUGAUCACAUUGAAGACACGUCCUAAGUCAUACUCAUUUGCUGCCUACAGGUGUACAUCUUAGAGUAGCUAGAUUGUUAACCAUGCAAUUUUGUUUAUCCUGUUGCAA